AGUUUGUAAAAUAUAGAAUAAUAACUAAAAAUUAUCAUUUUUUUUUUUAAGUUUUGUGUUUAUUCAUUAAUUAUGUAUGUUCAAACAUAUCUUCAAAUUUUAAAAUAUUUCAUGCAAUAGUUUUCUUUAAAAAUUCCCAAAAUCAUGGUCCCACUAGGUUUGCCUAUUAAUUAUAAAACCGUUUUUUACUUUUAGAAAGAGUUUUUAAUAUUAAGGUUACGGAAAAUGUUACGAAAUCAUCAAACUACUGACUAUUGAAUAUAAAUAUUUAUUGGCUCAAACUGAUGAUGACUGAGUGAAUUAUAUAUUUAUAAGUAUUUUAUUAAAUAUAUAUACAUUUAGUUUCUCGUUCGUUUGCAUGCUUAUACGUUUUUUAUACGCUUUUUAUGUGUUCAAAACCAAAAUUUUUCUUAAAAAUUUAAAUGUUUGUGCGUUAGGGUGUUUCUUAAAUGCAGUAAAAAAAAUUCCAUACAUAUUCAGCCUAGUAACUAUAGUAGCAGAUAUCUUACAGUUUAUAUAUGAUAUAUUUAUCAGUCCUAGUAACGUUUUUAGCAGUAGAUGAGAAAUGAAUACUCAAUUUAAAAAGCUUCUUAAAUAUUCAUCCAAGCGGACCAAUAUGUAUGAAUAUGAAUCUGUUUUUACAACCCACCGAUCCAAAGAGGCUUAGAUCCGGGUCACUACCGGUAACGUACACCCAGCUGUCGUGGAAAUUGUACGCGUUCUCUUUGAUUAUCUCUGCUAAUGUUGAGAUAAACCCUAUUUUACUAAAUGAAAGCAUCCCUUGCUAAAAUAUCUCCUGUUAUCACUUACAAAUUACAAAUAUUAUUGGUCUACAAUGUAAUGACAUUAAGUGACAACCACACGAGUCUACGGAACUGGAGCUGGCCGUUCCCGCGACCAUCGGUUCUACUAUGUAACCGAAACGGAUCUGAUUUUUAUCCGGCCAAGGAAUUUUAACUCGGCUGUAUUCCACCAAAUUACUUCUGGCACAUUUUUUGCCGCUACCACAACAACGUAACUGGAACUGUCUCAGUUUUAUAUCCCGCUCUUUUAACUUAAUGUAAAACUAUUGUGGAUAGACAACAGUGAUAGCAACUAUCUUUUAAUUACUUUGGACUUAUCUCUCAAAUCCAAAGAGAUAAUACUCUUUUUAGCGGCUAUAUAAUUUAUAGAAAUAGAGGACGGAAGUAGCAUAGAAAACAAAAUAUACCUUAACCAUUACACGAACAUGAGAAUCACCAAACUUGCAGCUUUUAUAACGUUUAACAAAAUAUUAUAGUUUAAAUUCAUAUUCAGAAUUGGCUCUAAGGAAACAAUUGACGCAUUUAAGAACUGCUUACAGAAAUUAAAUAAAACAAAAAAUAUAAAAGUAUUGAACUUCAAUAAAUUACAGUGAUCUGGCGCUCAACAAAGGGUUAAAGAUGAGCACAAAUAUAUCAAAAUAAUUUGCUUAUUCACUGACUAUAAUAAAUAAUAUAACAUGCCAUAAAUUGAUACGUAUAUAAUACAUAACAUAAAUUGAUUAAUAGCACCCAUCAAUGCUAAUAUUUUAAAUUUAUACACUUUCGGAACAAAAAUUGAAAUAACACUUCUGGGCGGAAGUACGCUUCAUUCACAAUAGCGCUGGUGCGUGUAGCUGUCAUUACGGUUGGUAGCAUUGUCGGUCAAUUGUCAAAUUCUCAUGUUUUGUACUUUUCUUCCUACUUCUUUACUUUCCCACUUCUCUUUCUUUUCGAUUUUUACAGGCUUGGUAUUGAAAGCCAGAAAUGGGUCGUGUUAUUCGUGCACAACGUAAAGGCGCUGGGUCCGUCUUCAAGGCCCAUGUUAAGAGGCGUAAGGGAGCCGCUAAAUUGAGACCCCUGGAUUUCUCCGAACGUAAUGGAUACAUUCGUGGUGUUGUUAAGGAGAUCAUCCACGAUCCCGGCCGUGGCGCUCCAUUGGCUGUCGUGCACUUCCGUGACCCCUACCGCUACAAGAUCCGUAAGGAACUUUUCAUCGCUCCUGAGGGUAUGCAUACCGGUCAAUUCGUAUACUGCGGCCGCAAAGCCACUUUGCAAAUUGGCAAUGUGAUGCCACUGUCAGUGAUGCCUGAAGGUACCAUCAUUUGCAACUUGGAGGAAAAGACCGGUGAUCGUGGCCGUUUGGCACGUACAUCUGGUAACUAUGCCACCGUAAUUGCACACAAUCCUGACACCAAGAAAACUCGCGUUAAGCUGCCAUCUGGUGCCAAGAAAGUCGUUCCCUCUGCCAAUCGUGCUAUGGUUGGUAUUGUUGCCGGUGGUGGUCGUAUCGACAAGCCCAUCUUGAAGGCUGGUCGUGCAUACCACAAAUACAAGGUGAAACGCAACAGCUGGCCUAAGGUACGUGGUGUUGCUAUGAAUCCUGUUGAGCAUCCUCACGGUGGUGGUAACCAUCAACAUAUUGGUAAAGCUUCCACAGUUAAGCGUGGUACAUCUGCUGGUCGUAAGGUCGGUCUCAUCGCUGCCCGUCGUACCGGUAGAAUACGUGGUGGUAAGGGCGACACCAAGGACAAAUAAGCUGGAGUUUGACAACAAACCGAGUUUAGUUGAAAGGAGUGAAUAUUAUAAUAGUGAGAAUGUGUAUUUGUUGGUGGAUUUAAAAUGGAUUCACAUAUACACAGUAAAAAUAAAAAGAUUUUUAUUUUAAAA